CCUGGCCGCGCGGGCGGGGACUCACGCGGGGUUCCCACGAAUGACGGCCGCGCGCGCUCCCACUCUCGCUUUCCCUGAAGGGAGUCAGAAGCGAGGCCUCCGGAACCGAGCUCCAAGCCUCGGUAAGUGGACGCUCCCUGCUGUCCUCUCCCUGAUGUUCGGUUCGCUCUUCUGACCUGGGAGACUUGAGUGCCGCGGUCCCCGGAGAGAACUUUUUGUAGUUCUGCGUCUCAUCUGCCUGUCCUUCCACACCUACAUCUUAUCGUCUAAACAAAUCACUGUCAGAAGAUUUUCGUCAGAGCAUCAGCAGUGAAGCUCUCAGCGUGCAGUGUGGGUGUGAGCUGACUUGGUCCACUGUGGCAGGCUGGGCUCUGGGACAUCAUGUCCAGCUUUGAAGACGCCGACACGGAAGAGACAGUCACCUGUCUCCAGCUGACUGUUUACCAUCCCUGCCAGUUGCAGAAGGGAAUAUUUCAAUCCAUCAAUUUUUCCAAGAGGGAGAAACUGCCGUCCAGUGAAGUGGUGAAAUUCGGACGCAAUUCCGGCACCUGUCAUUAUAUUUUCCAGGACAAGCAGGCAUCCAGAGUGCAGUUUUCUCUUCAUCCAUUUAAGCAGUUCAACAGCUCUGUUCUUUCCUUUGAAAUUAAAAAUCUGAGUAGGAAGACCAGCCUGAUUGUGGACAGCCAGGAGCUGGGCUACCUCAACAAGAUGGACCUGCCCUACAGGUGCAUGGUGCGGUUUGGUGAGUACCAGUUCCUGCUGGAGAAGGAGGAUGGGGAGUCCUUGGAGUCUUUCGAAACCCAAUUUAUUUCUUCCCCGAGACCACUCCUGCAAGAAAACAGCUGGCCGGCACAGAGCCCCAUCCCUGAGGACGGCCGCUGCUCAUCUGGCUCCGCUCAGAGCUCUUUCCCCACAGAAAUGGAUGAAAACGAGUGGUGAGCACAGGGUCUGAGGCCACACGGAGGCUGGGGCCGUGGAGACGGCAGGUGUCGUGUGCCACGGUCCCCACCACGCUGUGGAGUGGAAAAUCUGAGAGUCACCAGCUGGCUCACCUGUUGCUUUCCUAGGUCUCUGAAGAACCGUACACCCGAAGGGUCAGUGUAUAAAACGAUCCCUUGCGAGGAGGAACUGUGUUGUUAAGGUUGUAUCUUCUGCUGCUGGACUCCAGUCUCCCUCCCACCCGUGUCUUGGCUUGGUCCUUUCAGAGCAGCCGCUGAUUUCCAGAGUCCUGCAGCCUGUCAGGACCUGUACACACAGGAGUGGCCCAAGGCCGGACACUGCUGUCAGUGCGUCACUGUGGUCUCAAGUGGGAAGCCUUACUUGAGAAGUAAUUCACUAAUUUCCACUGGAAUUAUAGAGUUUAUCCCUGCAACGACAUCUCCUAGUCUCUUCAGUACCUAAAACUAAGAUUUAAACAUUUUAAAGAACCACUUCAACUAGGAUUAUUUUCUUACCAAAUUUGAUUUUUGUUUUACAUAACUUUAAAAUUUGAUGAAUUCAAAAUUUUAACAUCCA